GAGCCGCGCCGCGCCCCGCCCACCCCGCCCCGCGGAGGACGAGCCCGGGCGAGGCGGGGCCGGGAGGAAAAGGCGCCAGCGGAGAGUGGCGUCCGCUGCCAACGCCGGAGAGAGAAGGGGAACCCCCUGAGCCGCAGCCCACCCGCGUGGAGGCGCCCCUUCCCUUAGGCCACCUCUCGACCGCCCCCUGCAGCGGGCCAAGGCCGGCGCCCCGCCCGGAGAUGGGCAGACGCGUGGAUGGCGUGGCUCCCAGCGCUGCCAGAUCGCAGGAGCCCGGCGCCGGGGCGCUGCGCUGAGGAUCCCGCUCCGCGCUGCCUAGGAAGCCUGCAGGUGUCCUUGGCCGCUCGGCCACCGCCCGGGAGACUCCUUCGCCAGUACCCAGAGCCCUGCUCCCGGGAGCUGCCCCGCCCCCCAAGCUUGGCGCCGCGCAGGACGCCCCGUCUGAGGCCCCCCCGCCCCAGUACGGCCCCCGCAGCGCAGCGCCCAGCCCAGCGCAGCUCCUCGCCGCUGCCGCGCCGCGGACGCAGGACCGGAGGCUCUCUCCUGCGGGCGCGCUUGUUUUCCUUCUGCCGCCUCGCCCUGCGCAGCACCCGCCCGCCAGAACGCCGCGCUCCGCUCGGCCCCGCCCGCCAUCCGUGCCCUGCGCUGGAUUUAUGAAUGGGGGGAAGAGGCCACAUGCCGCCGCCGCCGCCUCGUGUUGACCGCACGCAGCCCGGGCCCGCGGAGCUCCGGCUGCCGUGAGAGCGUCGGCCCGGCCCCGGCAGCCGCUCGGAGGACUUGUUGCUGCUGCGCUGCCGCCGCCGCCGCGGGGAAGCCGGCCGCUCCCGGGGCUCGGCGCGGACUGGGAGCCGGAGGGUGGCCAGUGUGAGUGUGAGCGCGUGCGCGCCCUGGAUCCUCGCAGUGCGCCUGGACUGUGCGCUUCCCUGUCUUUAGGGAGGUGAAGGGGGGGUGUGUCCCGGGCCUCGAGCGUCUGAGUGUCCAGUCCUAGCGGGGAAGCGCGUGGGUGCUUGCCCCUGCCUCCCUGGGCGCCUCGCUUGGGUCCUCGGCUCUGCUUUCCCCCUCCUGCCUGUCUCCCUAAACCCCAACCACCUGUGCACCCGAGAAAUCCAACUCCUCCCGCUCGGCGCCCCGAGGGGGAGGCAGGGGCAGGGCCAAGCCGCAGAGGGGGCCGCAGCCGCCUCCUGCCUCCUUGUCGUCUCCUCCCCCUCCCCCGUCUGACGCUGCCUCCUCGGGAAGGGUGUUUGGAGGGCAGCGGCCGCCCCAAGCCGAAGCCCCGCAGCGCUUCUUAUGAUCAGCUCGGUGUGUGUCUCCUCCUACCGCGGGCGCAAGUCGGGGAACAAGCCUCCGUCCAAAACAUGUCUGAAGGAGGAGAUGGCCAAGGGCGAGGCGUCGGAGAAGAUCAUCAUCAACGUGGGCGGCACGCGACAUGAGACCUACCGCAGCACCCUGAGAACGCUACCGGGCACCCGCCUCGCCUGGCUGGCGGAUCCCGACGGCGGGGGCCGGCCCGAGUCCGAUGGCGGCGGUGCAGGCAGCAGCGGCAGCAACAGCGGCGGGGGCUGCGAGUUCUUCUUCGACCGGCACCCGGGCGUCUUUGCUUACGUGCUCAACUACUACCGCACCGGCAAGCUGCACUGCCCGGCCGACGUGUGCGGGCCUCUCUUCGAAGAGGAGCUCACCUUCUGGGGCAUCGACGAGACUGACGUGGAGCCCUGCUGCUGGAUGACCUACCGGCAGCACCGUGACGCCGAGGAGGCGCUCGACAUCUUCGAGAGCCCUGACGGAGGUGGCGGGGGCCCGGGGCCCGGCGACGAGGCCGGCGACGAUGAGCGGGAUCUGGCCCUGCAGCGCCUGGGGCCCCACGAGGGAGGCGCGGGCCCCGGCGCUGGGUCCGGGAGCUGCCGAGGCUGGCAACCCCGCAUGUGGGCGCUCUUCGAGGAUCCUUACUCCUCCCGGGCUGCCAGGGUGGUGGCCUUUGCCUCUCUCUUCUUCAUCCUGGUCUCCAUCACCACAUUCUGCCUGGAGACCCACGAGGCCUUCAACAUCGACCGCAACGUGACGGAGAUCCACCGAGUGGGGAAUACCACCAGCGUGCGCUUCCGGCGGGAGGUGGAGACGGAGCCCAUUCUGACCUACAUCGAGGGCGUGUGUGUGCUGUGGUUCACGCUGGAGUUCCUAGUGCGCAUCGUGUGCUGCCCCGACACGCUGGACUUCGUCAAGAACCUGCUCAACAUCAUUGACUUUGUGGCCAUUCUGCCCUUCUACCUGGAGGUGGGGCUGAGCGGCCUGUCGUCCAAGGCGGCGCGCGAUGUGCUGGGCUUCCUGCGCGUCGUGCGCUUUGUGCGCAUCCUGCGCAUCUUCAAGCUAACGCGCCAUUUCGUGGGGCUGCGGGUGCUGGGCCACACCCUGCGCGCCAGCACCAAUGAGUUCCUGCUGCUUAUCAUCUUCCUGGCCCUGGGCGUGCUCAUCUUUGCCACCAUGAUCUACUAUGCUGAGCGCAUUGGCGCCAGGCCUUCCGACCCUCGGGGCAAUGACCACACGGACUUCAAGAACAUCCCCAUCGGCUUUUGGUGGGCCGUGGUCACCAUGACGACGCUGGGCUACGGGGACAUGUGCCCCAAGACGUGGUCCGGCAUGCUGGUGGGGGCGCUGUGUGCACUGGCGGGCGUGCUCACCAUUGCCAUGCCUGUGCCUGUCAUUGUCAACAACUUCGGCAUGUACUACUCCCUGGCCAUGGCCAAGCAGAAGCUGCCCAAGAAACGGAAGAAGCACGUGCCUCGGCCACCCCAGCUGGAGUCUCCCAUUUACUGCAAGUCGCAGGAGACCUCACCCAGGGACAGCACCUACAGUGAUGCCAGCCCCCCGACCCCAGAAGAGGGCGUGGUUGAGAGGAAACGGGCAGACUCCAAGCAGAACGGCGAUGCCAACGCGGUGCUGUCAGAUGAGGAGGGAGCCGGCCUCACCCAGCCCCUGGCCUCUGCCCCCACCCCCGAGGAGCGCCGGGCCCUGCGACGCUCUGGCACCCGAGACAGAAACAAGAAGGCAGCUGCCUGCUUCCUGCUCAGCGCUGGGGACUAUGCCUGUGCCGAUGGUAGUGUCCGGAAAGAAGGCAAUGUUGAGCCGAAAGUGUGCGUCCCAGUGUCUCACACCUGUGCUCUUUAAACACAGAGACCUGCCAAGACGCCCUCUCGUCCAACUAUGCCCAGGCUGAAGUCCUCACCCUCUCUUAAAGCGGCACCAACGUGAGAGAGAGACAGACAGACAGACAGAAAGCCAGAGGCUUAGGGCAACUCUGGAAGCCAGGCAAGAAUCUUUCGCUGGGAAAGACUCAGAUAUCCUUGUUUGCACAGGACUGAUGGAAAACCUCCCAUGUGACCCCUGGGGCCCAGAGCCAUCGGGUCUGAUGUUCUGUUCUGUUGUACAUUGACGAGAUAUAUAUGCACAUAUAGUAUCUAUAUUCAUACAUACUAUACUCUUGUGUGUCGUGCACGUGCUCUUGGUGGUCUGUCUUUGUUAGGCUUUGUCUCCCCAAGCCCUGGCCCCACCCCGUGCCUCCUUCCUCCCCCUUCACUGAUUCCUUGUUUCUGCUGAAUGUGUGUGUGGAAUGUCCCAGGAAAAGUGCACCUGGUACUGCCGGUCCAGCCGGGUGGUCCCAGGCUAGCCUCUCCCUCUUGGGAGCGUUUCCCCGGUGGUCUGGUAGCCUAGGGGAGGCCAGAUCGCCACCCCCUACCCAGGGUCACUGCUCCACUAGCCCCGCCCCACCCCAGAUUGGGGCUCUACCUCCCACCCCAUGCCCCAGUUGUUGGGGGACUUCCUGGGGCUCUUCUGCAGCUGCUUCUACUCCUUCCUCCACCUUCCCCGUGUCCUUGACUGAGUGGGGGGUUGUCUUUUUUUUAUUUCCCUGGUUUUCUGUUCUGUCUCCUUCGUCCGUUUGUUUCCAAGGAUGCUGUUGGGCGGAUGGGCAGGGAAGGGGUCUGUCUGCCCAUCUGGCUCAGGGGUCUGAGAAGGGGAAGCCGUGGGUGAGCGGAGACCAGUUGCAAUACUGUACUUCCUGGCCGGUGGCCAGAGGAUGCGUGCAAUAGCAGAGGCCAGGUGCCCCCUUCGACCUUGGCCUCUGCCCCUGCCUCGGCCCUCCCUCCCCACUCCCGGCCCACCCUGCCCCUCCCUGGUGUUGGUUGUCCUUUUCUAGAGCCGUCCCCUUGUGUGUCUGAGGCAUGCCUAGGCUGGGCCCUGCAGCCCUGUCCUCAUGCCUUCAACUGUCAUGCUGUGCUCAAGCCCCAAUAAAGACAUCUGGAGCGUCCUGCUGUGCCCGCUGUGUGAAUGACUGCCUUCGCCUCUCCUUUCUGGGUCUGUGGGGACCUCCCCAGGCUUCCCCCGACACCGAAGAAAUGCAACACAUUCCUCUCUUAACCCUGCCCCCACCAAUGCAGACCAGCCCCUGCGCUUAGAGCCAGACACAAAUGCUUGGAGGGGAAAAGUGCUCUGCCCAAGCUCACGCCAAGAGGACUGACCUGGCCCCUGGGCUCCCAGGCAGCCCUCUGGUCUCCACUGCUGCCGCCGGCCCCCGCCCUAACGGACAUGAAAGGAGAGAUUCGUUCAUGUAGGGAGUUCCGCGGUGUUCCUGUUGUUUUGCAGGGAGCCUCCCCUCCUCCCUGAAGUUGCACCAGUUCUAUGUGGGCUGAGGCCCUGGGGCUGCCGGAAUCUUUGUGAUGAGCGGACGGCUGACAAACUGAGGCUGAUGGGGGACUGGUGGCACAGCUAGGACCACUCAGGGACGG